AUGGAAGAUAGAGACUUGACACAGCAAGAAGAAACAAGAGGCAGAAAAGAGGUGAAUGACUGGAUGACGAUAAAACUAACUCCAGGCGUGUGGUACUGGAAAGAUGAUACUAACACGCUUGAAUUUGCAAGCUCCAAUCCAGCAGCUGAGGAAAACCUUAAGGAAGGAAAAAAUCUUCACUUUCAGGAAAUGCGUGUCAAGACGUUAAAGAGCAUCUUCCAAGAUGAUUGCAGUGCAGCGCUCCCUGAAAGAAGGCUGGCUGACGCAGAAGGAAAAUUGCAUAGGCUGUCAAAGUGGGUACAACAUGAAUAUGUGACGUUGGAUGAUGUCAAAUAUGCUGCUUUGCUUUUGAAAGAAACAAAUGAGUCACAUCACAUGCUAUCAUUUGCAGCAGUUAUGAGGAAUGAGAAACUAGAUGAGUUCCUCAUGGCCCUGCUCUUCUACCUAUCUUUUUACCUGGAAAAAUUUGCCCUGGAAAAGAAGUACAGAUCCUUGAUUUCGACUAUGGUAUUUUUAGAGAAGAAAGAAAUGGAUGAUGUGUUGGCGAAGUUAGCGGUGGCCAGGAUUCACCUUGCCAAGGUGUACUGUAACCUCAUCCUUGGACGAGGCAUGGCAGAGCAGCACCACAUGCCUAGUGGAAAGAGAAGAACAUCGAUGCAGAAAGAUCGGAGCUUCUUUGAGGGCUUCUACAACUACUGCAGCUAUGUGGCUUGGCUUGUGUUCAGACGGAAGCACUUCCAAGUGAUUCGGGAAGAAAUCGGCAGGCUUCUUUUCUCCAACAUGUUCAAUCCUGCCUUAAGAGACAGGAGCAAUGUUGACUUGCAGAAAGCAGGAGACUGGACUGCUGAUGCAAAUACAGCGCGAUUGCCAUAUCUGAGAAAAGUCCAUGCCAAGCAUCCUUCCAUAAACAGCAUGGUUCACCAGCGCUCGCCAGUGCUCAGCACGCUGCUGCCCUUACCGAAGGACAGUGCUCAAUACCUCUCCCAGAACCACUACUGUCGGGGCAGAGACCCUCGACCCUGCAGGUGCGAUGGACUGCCGGACUUCUCAGAAUUGUUCACUACCAAGGUGGGCAUCAUUGGAGCUCAUUGUAGCGAGUUAAAAUCUUUGAUGAGCAUGCCUGACGGGGCGAUGGAGGAGGAGGAGGAAGAGGAAGAACAAGAACAAGGAAGAAUAAAGAGUGGUUUCUCCAUCCUGACAAAUGACCUCAGUUUGCCACCUCUGAGAAGUCCCCAAAACAGGCUUAGCAGUCAGAGCGCUGUGCUCUCAAGAGGAAUGGCAGAAGGUGACUGUAAUCAGAGCAACUAGCAGAAGUGGUAUCUUCUCAUGUUGAGUGGCAUGGUUUCACAUUGCUAAGUAAAUCACUUUGAAAUUGCA